AUGUUUAAUUAUCUAGUAAGAAUGUUUUGUGGUGAAUAUGAAACUGAUGAACUAUCCAACAUUAAUGUUGAAGGCAAUUCUGGUAUUAAAGCAUCAUCAUCCUCAUCGAUUUCUUGUGGAUGUAUAGAAAGUACAUCUAGUCUUAACAAUCCAAGUAAAAUUAGCUCACGAAUACUUGAAGAUGCUGCAUUAAAAUUAUGGUCAAAUUUAAAUUUGGAUAGAAUAAAUUUCAAUAACGAAUUGAUAAAAUUAACUGCAAAGUUACAAGAAAAUAUUGCUAUUAAUUUAAAUCAUCAACAUCAAAAUCAUCAUCAUUGUAACGAUGACAGUGAUAAUGAUAAUAACAGUAAUAAGUUAGCACAGAUUUUAUCUCUGUCUAACUUCAAAAUAAAUCCAUCAUUGUCAUUAUCAUGUUCCCAGUCAACAUCGUCAUCUAUAUUACAUGAUAAUACGAACAAUAAUACCGAUACUAUUGCCACUACUAUAAGUACCAAUAAUGACAUUCCAUUAUCACUAACCAAUUAUUCAACUGUAUCACAAAUUGCUCGAUUUGCAUCGGCUGCUAACCUUUUCAAUUCUUCUGGAGUUGAUCUACAUUGUCCCACUAAUUUUUAUACAAUUCAAAAUGAUAAAUUGAUCACUUCUAGUUAUAAUAUUGAUGCUCAUACAAAUAUUGCUGAAAACUUAAUUUCUAACAAUAUACCCACAACUAUUACUUCCAAUACAAACACUUUAGUACCUGUGAGCAGUACUACGUCUUUUACAAAUUACACAACUGCUCACUUCAUUGAUAAUUCUUUUCGAAACCAAGAAGAAAAUUUCAAUUUAAAGAGUGAAAAUGAAAUUUCAUUUCAUGUACCACAACAACAACUGAAUCUGCCUGAUUAUUAUCAUCAUCACCAAGAACAACAACAAACCACGAAACCAAACUUUUGUGCAGCACAAGAUGAGGGAAUAAACAGCUCAGUUGAAUUGAAACAGACAAAACCUUCAACAGAAUUAAUCAAAACUAAACAGACAUUAUAUUGUUGUUCUAUAUGCCGACAAAGAUUUCAUUCAAACACUGGACUAAGACGCCAUAAUUUAGCUUUACAUGCAACCAAAGCUAUGAAAUGUGACCAAUGUGUGAAAGUUUUCAGACAUCAAGCGGCUUUAUCUGAUCAUAAAAAACGUGUUCAUGGUCCACGUGAAUAUAUUUGUGGUAUAUGCUCAGCAGAUUUCGCUACAGAAACUUAUCUACGUUCUCAUGUACGAAUUCAUGAUGAAAAACGAUUUGUUUGUUUAGAAUGCAAACAUGGUUUUUCAAAUCCAUCCGAUUUAAAAAAUCAUAUGAGGAUACAUAAUGAUGAAAAACCAUUUGAAUGUGAAGUGUGUGGAAAAGCAUUUCGCCAUGUUAGUGGAUUUUAUGCUCAUAUACGAAUUCAUACAGGUGAAACACCAUAUCAAUGUGAAUUGUGUGCAAAGAAAUUUAGUAAUGCAAGCAAUUUUCGCAUGCACAGAAGGGUACAUACGAAGGAAAUGCAAUUCCGCUGUCAAACAUGCGGUAAAGAAUUUAUCCAACCAAGUAACUACAGUCGACACUUAAGAAUACAUACAAAAGAAAAACCUUAUUCAUGUAACUUAUGCUCAGCAAAAUUUCUUUAUUCAACUUCUUUAAAACGACAUCAACAACGUCAUCAUGGUUUAGAAUUAUUAAGAUGUCAAUUAUGUCAGAAAACAUUUUUAAAUGAAUCAUGUCUUAUUCGACAUCGUACUGGUUGUGAAUUACGCGCUUGUGUUAAAACGGCAGAUGAAGAAUUAUACACUCAUUUAUUAUAA